AUGAGAGGAAGCAUUGGAGUAAGACUUCAAAAUUCCAGCAUUUCCGAUGCCACAAGAAAAACCCUAGUUUCAUUUUCUACAUCUUCCGGUUUCGGCGGCGGCGGUGAUGGCCGUGGCGGUGGCCGUGGUCGAGGAGGCUCUUUCUCUGGCCCGCCACAGUUUAACUUCAGCGAAAAAGCUCCGGGUAACCCUAACCCUAACUCCAGCGAAUCGAAAUCUGACACAACAGAGUCACCAAUUCCUCCUGGUUCUGGCCGUGGCCAUGGUCGUGGUGGAACAGUUCCUCCUCCAACAGGUUUUCCUUCCUUUUCCUCAUUUAUGUCUUCCAUUCAACAGCCUAGUGUAGGUCGUGGUCGAGGUUUUGGUCCAUUACCACCUCAAUCUGAAAAUGAUAAGCAGCCAGAACCUGAUCCUGUACCUAAAAAACCCACUUUCUUCAGAAGAGAGGGUAAUGUUUCUCAGACAGAAACAACUGAAUCCUUGUCUCCGAAAAAACUCAGUUUUACUAGAACAGAGGAUGUUAAACCAAUAGAUUUAUCUGGUGAUAACGAGAGUGAUAGUAUAUUCUCAAUGAGCUUGUCAGGGUUGUUGCCUGGAACUGGGAGGGGGAAGCCCGUGGAACAGACGGGUCGAGAAGCUCCUCAAGUUACAGUAGAGAAUAGGCAUAUCCGCAGUCGUCGAACUCCAGGUGAUGCUGCAUCUGAGAAUGUUCCUAAGAGACAGCCAAUGCUAAGCCAGGAUGGUGGUAAUGGAAGUGGUAGUGGAAGAGGAAGAGAACCUAGGGAGAGAGGUGGGUUUGUUCGUGGCCGAGGUAGAGGACGUGGUAGAGGAAGAGGUGUUGGAAGGGGAGGGUUUAGAGGGGCUGGUGCAGAUGAUAGGAUGGGUCAAAUUCAAGAUUCAGCUCGUUCCAAUGCUGCUGGGCUAUACACCGGAGAUAAUGCAGAUGGUGAAAAAUUAGCUAAGAAGGUUGGGCCUGAGAUAAUGAAUCAGUUGACGGAAGAGUUUGAGGAGAUUGUUAGUAGAGUUUUACCCUCUCCGUUGGAAGAUGAAUAUGUGGAAGCACUAGACAUUAAUUGCGCUAUUGAGUUUGAGCCGGAAUAUAUUAUGGAGUUUGAUAGCAAUCCGGAUAUUGAUGAGAAAGAACCAAUUCCACUUCGUGAUGCACUAGAGAAAAUGAAACCAUUCUUGAUGAAAUAUGAGGGGAUUAAAAGUCAAGAAGAGUGGGAGGAAAUAAUGGAAGAGACAAUGGAACGAGUUCCAUUAUUGAAAAAGAUUGUUGAUCACUACAGCGGACCAGAUAGAGUAACCGCAAAGAAGCAAACGGAAGAGUUAGAGAGAGUUGCUAAAACUCUUCCUGCAAGUGCGCCAUCUUCUGUGAAGGAUUUCACUAACCGAGCUGUUAUCUCUCUUCAGAGCAACCCAGGCUGGGGAUUUGACAAGAAAUGCCAAUUCAUGGAUAAGCUAGUUUUUGAAGUGUCUCAGCAUCACAAAUAA